AUGCACCGUGCGUCCUCCUUCCCGGGCACUGUGGAGCGCAGCCGGACCAAGGAGCGGCUGGAGGCGAGCCGUGCCGGGCUGUGCGAGCUGGAGCUCCGCAGGCAGAGGCAGGAGUGCCUGGUGCUGGGCGCGCUGGCCGUGGGUCAGCCGCCGGCCCGGGACGGGUCCGGAGGGGAGCUGGGGUGCUUCAGCAGCUGGGGCCAGGAGAACCUGACCCUGAGGCGUCAGCUGAGUGCUCUCCAGAGUUCUCCAUGGGGCCUGAUGCAGGCGCUGGAGCAGCAGGUGGGAGAGCUGAGGAUCGACACGGACGACGGCUGUUACGAUGGAGCUCAAGGAGACGCAGGCGACAGCCGGCCGAGUUCUGGUUUUUAUGAGUCGAGUGAGGGUCAGUCACCUAAAGGAAGAUCUUGUUCCACUGAGCCCACAGAACAUGUCUCCUCCUGGGUUUACACCAACGACAGGCCAAAGUCUGCUGGAGACCCGUUCAUGUUGAAUGGAGAAGCAGAUGUGCCGUUUCUGCGCACCACCCUGCCCCGUUCUUUCUCUGCCCCUUACCCACCUCUGGAGGGCAUCGCUGAGGAGGGCGCAGCAGUGGACCCCUGGCAGGUGGACCCCAUACGAGCCAGCCAAGCCUGGCAGCAGCAGUCUUUGGAUGAUGAGGUCACUGAGGAAGAUUACCAGCUGGCUUUGAGGGUCGAGAAUUACAUCCUAGGUCUCGUCCAUCGUCACACCCUCUCUCCACGACCAUGUCAGCCCCGCACCACCCUGAGCCCUGACCCCACAUUCUGCAGUGCUUCUGCCCACAGCUCCCUACACAGGAGGACUCCCUCUCUUACGACAGAGCAUCGCUUUCCUGACCCCAAUCUGCAGCAGCGUGUUGACCUUUUGUCAACCCCUAAGAGGCAGAGCUGGGGUUGUGACCAGCUAGAGGGGGAGGCCUGUGGAGGAGAGGCCCUCUCUUUCGAGGAGAACUGUUAUCUGGCUCUGCCCUACCCCCAGUCCAGGCCACAAUCCCUGGCUGGGAGGCUUCCAUCACCUCUGCCCUCACUGGACCCCAACUGUGGUGUUGGGGCUCUUGACCUUUGUUGUGAACCCUCAUCCCCCCAGCAUUAUCUACAUCCACAAGCCCCUAUUCAUCACAAGCACAAUUUAGUAAGUGCUCAGUAUAUCCCCGGACAAGCCUGCCAUGCUCCUGUUCGUUCUCCCAGACACUACAACCCAGAGCAGCCCAAACCCAACCGAGUAGCCUCCUCUCCUGACCACCCCAACCCCAAGUUGAGACCCUCAAAGAAGAGCCACAACGAGCGACAGAGAUCCAAGAAGUCGAGCAGCAAAACCAACCGAUCCCAGUCAGAAAACAGCCUCCUGAGCCAGCGAGUGCUGCCUGAGCGCAGGUACAGCACCACGGAGAGGCACCAGGGCAGAGGGGAUGCUGCUCAGAACCAAGGCCAGGUUGCGGGACCACAGGUCGGCAUCGGGGGUCAACGCUGGUGCUCCAACCUGGAGCUCAGCCAGGAUGAGGGGGAGACCCGUGCGGCGCAGUCACAGAGACGACAACCUCGUAAAACUCGGUAUGGUCACCCAUGUCCCCAACCCCAGAACUACCGUCAACAGCAGCAGCAACACAACGAGCGUUGGCACCCGGACCUUCAGGAGAGAGCACCUCUCUGUCGGGGGGAGGAGGGCAACACCGGCGCUGCCCCUGCAGAGUCCGAGUCAAGCAUGAGUGAGGUAUAUUCCCCGGCCUCCAGCUCUCUGUCCAGUGACUCCGACGAGAGUGGGGGGCUGGUGUGGCCCCAGCAGCUGCCACCUCGCCUUGCUUCUACCUCCUCUUCCUCCUCGCCUUCACCACAGGUCGCUGCCAACGCCCCCCCUCAACCAAAAGCCUUUGUCAAGAUCAAAGCGUCUCACGCUCUGAAGAAGAAGAUCCUCCGAUUCCGCUCAGGGUCCCUCAAAGUCAUGACGACGGUGUAA